AAUUCAGAUUUCAGUGUUUCCGUCUUCAGAUCACCGACCACAAAAAAUCGGAAGUACCAAUACGCUCCAAAUUUCCGAUUGCUUGAAAGGAGAAGAAUAAUGAAGUUUCUCUUUUCGUUCUUACUUCUCUCUGUUGUUUCUCCAGCUUUGUUUCACUCUGCACUCGCUCGAGGCGGCCUCAAUCGCUCCAUUUCGCCAGUAGAUUUCGUUAGUCUUGCAUAUGGAGGUUCUGCUAGAUUUUUACUCGAGGACAAUAAUUCUAAACGAAGUGACAAGAUCAUGCAAGGUUAUAUGACCAAUAAAGAGCUUGAACGGGCCGUUAAAGCUUUUGGUAAAAAAUGUAGUAAAAUUUCUAAGAUAUACAGUAUUGGAGACAGCGUGCAAGGGUUUCCACUGUGGGUUAUCGAAAUUUCUGACAAGCCUGGCCAGGAAGAAGCGGAACCUGCAUUUAAGUACAUAGGAAAUGUACAUGGAGAUGAACCUGUUGGCAGGGAGCUUCUCUUGCAAUUUGCAAACUGGAUAUGUGAUAAUUACCUGAAGGAUCCAUUGGCUACACUGAUUGUGGAGAAUGUUCAUCUUCAUAUACUUCCAUCUAUGAAUCCGGAUGGAUUUUCUCUUCGGACACGUAAUAAUGCAAACAAUGUGGAUCUAAACAGAGAUUUCCCUGACCAGUUCUUUUUCAUCAAUGAUGAUGAAUAUGCACGGCAACCUGAAACGAAGGCAAUUAUGAAGUGGAUGAGAGACAUACAUUUCACUGCCUCUGCCACUUUGCAUGGGGGUGCACUUGUUGCAAAUUACCCAUGGGAUGGCACUGCAGAUAAAAGGAAAGAUUACUAUGCAUGUCCUGAUGAUCAAACAUUCCGGUUCAUGGCUAGUGUCUAUAGUCGCUCACAUCAUAACAUGUCUUUAAGCCAAGAAUUUGAAGGAGGAAUUACAAAUGGAGCUUCGUGGUACCCUAUAUAUGGUGGCAUGCAAGACUGGAACUAUAUACACGGUGGCUGUUUUGAGUUGACUUUAGAGAUUACAGACAACAAAUGGCCUCCUGCUAAUGAGCUUGCUACCAUCUUUGAGUAUAACAAGUUGAGCAUGCUUAAUCUCGUUGCGAGCCUUGCUCAGACAGGAAUUCAUGGAAGGAUUUUCUCAUCAGAGAGUGGAAGGCCAUUACCUGGAACCAUUACACUCAAGGGAAUAGAUUACUUGGUUAAAGCUAGCGAAACGCUGGGGGUCUACCAUCGUUUAGCUGCACCAAAACAGAAAUAUGAAGUAAGUGCGUCGAUGCCCGGGUACAAGUCGAAGAACACGAGCAUCUGGUUGGAGGAGGGAGCUAUGUCUGUGGACUUUAUUCUGGAUCCCGACACCACAACCAAAAGAAAAGUAAUGCAAAACUGUGAUUGCUACGGUGGCCAUGGGGUGAACUUUGUGGGCUAUAUUUGGGGACACUACUAUGAGGCGUAUAUUUUCUUGGCGGUUGUUUUGGUAUUUAUUUGCUUUUUAUUUCAGAAGAAGAUGAAGUCUAGACUUCCCAAGCAAAGAUUAGUUGCAUUGCCAAAGAGGAUUGUGGUCUGAUAUCGUUUGGGUUGGUUUGGUUUAGUUUAGUUUAGUUCGGUUUUUUAUUUUAUUUUAUUUUAUGACUUUUCAUUACUAGAGAAAUGAUUGUGUGAUUGUAGAGUAUAACAGUUUUCAAGGGUUUUUCCUAACAAAGGAAGAAAAGAGUACUUCAUCGUCAAUGCUCAA